UGGCGGCGGCGGUGGCCUCGGCGGCAGGAGCGCGGGCCCCAGCAGCCUCGGCAGCCACAGCCGUUGCGGCCCGGGCCGCCUCCGCCGCGGUCGCCGCCUCUGCUGCGCCUGCCCUCUCCCGGUUCCGCGGCUCCGGGAGGAUGUGGGUCCUCGGCAUCGCGGCAACUUUUUGCGGAUUGUUCUUGCUUCAAGGCUUUGCGCUGCAAAUCCAGUGUUACCAAUGUGAAGAAUUCCAGCUGAACAACGACUGCUCCUCCCCUGAGUUUAUAGUGAAUUGCACGGUGAAUGUUCAAGACAUGUGUCAGAAAGAAGUGAUGGAGCAAAGUGCGGGGAUCAUGUACCGCAAGUCGUGUGCCUCCUCAGCAGCCUGCCUCAUCGCCUCCGCUGGGUACCAAUCCUUCUGCUCCCCUGGGAAACUGAACUCAGUGUGCAUCAGCUGCUGCAACACCCCACUUUGCAAUGGGCCCCGGCCCAAGAAACGGAGCAGUUCUGCCUUGGCCCUGCGGCCGGGGCUCCCCACCACCAUCCUGCUCCUGAAACUCGCCCUCCUCUUGGCUCACUGCUGAAGUUGGAGAUGCUCAUCCCUCCUGCAUUGUCCUUCAGGCCCUUGUUCCCCCUGCUCCCCAAGAUUCUCCUGGGUGUCCUUUUUUUGUGGGUUGGGAGGGAGCGUAUUCUCUUUCUUUCAGUUCCUUUGCAAAUCAAAGAGCUCGGUGUCAGUUUUUGUAAGCUCUGAAUAAAUUCAGUCUGACUU